CCUUCAAUGCUUCGCAGUUGAAACGUGGGGCCAAUUUCGCCGACACAAUCCGAGAUGGUUAACAUGGCGGCGGCCGUCAGGUGCCUCGGCACGGUCUUGACACAUAAUCGAAGGCAUAGCCUUUCCAAGAUGAUUCAUCUUUAUCCUUGUUCUGUAAACAUUCAGGUGCCAACCAGAUACUUUGCUGCUGCUGCUACAAAGCAUGCAAAGAAAGCCAACAAAGUUGCCAAAGAAAAAACACCAGGGGAAAAGAGAGAUGAGAUAGAAAAAAUAAAGUCAUACCCGUACAUGGAAGGUGAACCUGAGGAUGAUGUCUAUUUAAAGCGCUUAUACCCACGGCCCAUAUAUGAGGUGGAGAAAGCUGUUCACUUACUUAAGAAGUAUCAAAUUUUGGACUAUACUAAUCCAAAACAAGGAGUUUUUCUUGAUUUGACAUUGGAUAUGGCACUGGGGAAAAAGAAAAGAGUGGAACCAUUUGCCAGUGUUAUUAGUUUUCCAUAUCCGUUCUCUUUGGAAUCCAAUAAAGUUGCUGUAUUAACAGGGAAUCCAUCAGAUAUUGAACUGGCAGAAGGACAAGGAGCUGCGUUUGCAGGAGGAGCUACUCUGAUCCAGAAGAUUUUAGAUGAUGAAAUUUAUGCAGAUUUUUAUGUAGCUGUACCAGAAAUAAUGCCUGACCUUAAUCCAUUAAAGAAGAAACUGAAAAACAGAUUUCCAAAGCUCAGUAGAAAUUCCAUUGGCCGUGACAUUCCCAAAAUGCUUGCAUUAUUUAAAAAUGGACAUGAAAUUAAGGUAGAUGAAGAAAAGGAGAACUUUCUUACAACCAAAAUAGCAACGCGAUUCUACUCUGGACUUGUAUCCUACAGAUGUGAAACUUGCAAAAUGAACUAAAAAGGAAAUUCUGCCACAUGCUACAACAUGUUUGAACCUUGAAGACAUCAUUUUAUGUGAAUUAAGCCAGUUCUAAGGGAUAGAUAUGGCAUGAUUCUACUUGUAUGAAGUUCCAGAGGGAUGAAAUUAAUAGAGACAAAGUAGAAUGUCAGUGACAUGGUAGGAAGAAGAAGUGGGGAGGCAUUGUUUAAUGGGUUAUAUACUGUUGUUCUAUUUGUACUGAUGGGUUUUUUUGGUGGUGGUGAUAGGGAUUGAAUCCAGGGAGCUCUAUCACUGAGCUAGAUCUCAAGGCCUUUUCUAUUUUAUCAUGAGAUGAGGUCUUGCUAUGACUGGCCUUCAGCUUGCAGUCUUUCUUACCUCCAUCUCCCUAGUAGUUGGGAUUAGUUUAUGACAUUUUUGGACAUAAAAUGCUCUAAGGACUGGGGAGGAUGGGUGGCAUGUUUGCCAGGGAGCGGUCAGAUGAGUUUUCUGGGUUAUAUAAUCCUGUGUUAGAAGGGUUGUUACUUAUGUGUAUGCAUGAGUUACAAUUCAUGAAACUCUGUACCUUCCUGGCUCAAUUGUACUACCUUUCAAUUUAAAAAAUGUAAACAAUAUCUUAACAUGUGACAAUAUAAUUAGCAUGUUACCAACCAUGGUAGUGAUUGGGUAGUUGCUUGAGUUCAUCCUUUAGUGCCAACUGUAAAAAUGUCUUGUUUUGCUUUUUUUUCUCUAUGAAGAAAAAAGUAUGACUUUAGUUUAGAAGUGUAAGUGAUUCAGUAGGGGGCCAGGGCCCACAUUUUCUAAACAUUCUGAGCCUGUGCAAGAGGAGGGCAUGGAGAUGGUGUGAGUGCUACAUCUGCCCUAGGUUGGGUAGCCUGUGUGCAGUGUAAGGGAAGAAAAGAGCCUUGGUCUCCCUAUUUUGCUCUUGUUGGUUUUGCAUCUGUUGUGUUUGCCAUCUGAAACUGUUGCUCCUGUGCCAUGCCACUCUGCCUUGGAGCCAGCUGAUUACAGCUGAAACCUCCAU